UGCGCAUACACUGUCUGCUGUUUCUUCCGUAGCAUGUGAGUUAGCACCACACCAAAUCCUCUCUGUGCAUCACUCUUUUGUGGGGUCAUUCACACCCUCAUAAGAGUUAUAUCAAAUUAAUAUUAAGAUGUCUACACGGCUCACUCUCAGGGCUUUUGUAAACGAGCGACUGACAGCUGCUGCCGAGGAAAUAUUUCAAGUGUUUGAACGAACAAUCGCAAAAUAUGAAGAAGAAGCUUCGAGCAGCAAACAGGAGAUUGACCGUCUCAGAGGUCUGUGCGUGUCCGGGCAGCAAACAGACUUCUCUCAGUCGUCCUUCUGUAAAGAGGAAACGCCCCCUGAGCAGCAAGAGCUGAGGGACGCAGAGCCUCGACACAUAAAGGAGGAAGAUCAUGAAGUCUGGGCCUGUCAGCAACAAGAAGAAGAAGAAGAAGAAGAGCAUGUUGAAGAGUUUAGAGCUGAUGUGUCAUACCUACCUCAUUUAUCUGACUGGGAGAGAAAUGAGCAGGAGGACACAAAACCGCCUUUAAAACCGAGGAGCAGCGAGGAAAGCGAGGAGCAGUUUCAGGAGACUAGAGCGGUACAGCUCGUUCUACCUCUUGCUUCAACUUCACAAACUCUGAUCCGAAGGGGAUGGGAAAACAAAAGACCCGAUGCAAGUUUUACAGAUGAUACACAGACAGACCAAAGUCAGAGCGCCGUUAUCAUUUCCACCGAGUUAUCACAUUUGAAUUCAGUUGCACCUAAUUAUCGCUGCCACCUCUGCGAUAAAUCGUUUUCCUCCGACCAUCACUUGAUCAAUCAUGCUUCCCGCCUGCACUCAAAGGAAGCAGACGUCCUCUGUGCCGUCUGUGGACAGACCUUAGAGUCCACCGAAAGUCUCAACACGCACCUUAAAUCACACAAACGCUCAAAAUGCUGCCACGUGUGCGGCAAACACUUCAACAGCACGACCGCGCUGGCUGAACACAUGGCCAGGCACGCCGGGGUGAAGCUGCAUCGCUGUCACGUUUGUGGAAAAGAGUGCAGCCGCAAAGGAGAUUUAAAGAUACACAUGAGGAUUCACACGGGCGAGAAGCCUUUCUGCUGCUCGUACUGUCUCAAAAGCUUCACCCACAGCGGACAUUUGAAGAAGCACAUGAGAAGCCACACAGGAGAGAGGCCGCACCAGUGCGAGGUCUGCGGCAGAGGGUUUCUACAGAGCACACACCUGAAAUACCACCUAGGGACUCACGCUCAGAAACGUAAAAAGUGCUAAAGCGUCGACUUAGUUGUCAAAAAAAAAGUUCAGUCUUGAGAUUUUAAGAGCAGCUCGCGAUAACAUGAUUAGUAACAUGUAUGUUCGGUGCAGGAACAGUAAAUCUGAGGCAAGGUUUACCACAUAUGUGCCAUUUUGUUCCUUUUAGGUAGAAGAAUCUACACCAGCGGUCCCCAAACACAGGGCCGCAGACCGGUACUGGUUCAUUUGUCAUUUGCUAACAGUCCACACAGAAGGAGUGAAUAAAAAAAUAUUUUAUUGAU